AUGAAUGACACCCUUCAAGACACAAACAUGUUCACUGUAAAGGCAGAUGUCAUCUUUCAUGCCCCAAGCCCUGACUCUCCAGACUCAUCCAUUGUGACUGAGGUAAAAGAAGAUGCUGUGCCUACUGGGUCCAAAUCCAGUGCCUCAGAAGCAGGGAUGUCGCAAGAUCAUCAAGCAUUUUAUCAAGAGAAGUCUUGGGACUUACCAGCAUCAGGAAAUCUGAUGGACAGUACAGCUCUGGGACAGCACAGUUUAGCAACAGGAGACUACUUGCAAGACAGGGGAUCAAGUGACAGUGGUUUUCAGGAUCAUAUUCAACCACUCAAUAUUUCUAAGGGUGAAACGCUGGAUCUUGGUGUCAGACAACCAGCUGAGUCCCUUGGUAAAAAUGGAAUUAAAGUGGAAGUUAACGGUGCAAGGGCAAAAGUGCCUUGUGGUUUGGAUCCCUCACUUGCUGCUGCAUCUGACUCUUGUUCUGUUUCCAAGGAAACAAGGUCACUGGAGCUGGCAGUAGAUCCAGAACAGCACAAAACAAUAUAUGAACAAUCUGGGCUUGAAUCGACUGAAGAGCAAAAGCACAGCGGUAACGGGAUAAAAGGUGCUCUCUCAUUGAAAGAGGAGCCAGAUUUAGUCAUAGAGGUGGGUGGACAGAAAAUCCAGGCACAUAAAUCAGUGCUAGCAGAGAAAAGUGACUAUUUCAAGGCCAGGCUCUCUAGGGAUAUAUUGAAGGUAAAAGGGAUGAGCUAUAAGACCUUAUCAAUCCUGAUUGAUUAUGUGUACUCUUCUCAAAUCAGUGUAAAUAAGUCCAAUGUAGUUGAUGUUAUCACCGCAGCAAAAAUUCUCCAAAUACCUUGUGCAGUGCAAGCUGCAAUGGAUACAAUAUCUAGCCAGAUAACCACAGAGAACUGUUAUGAAAUUUUGACGAUAGCCAAAAAGCAACGGUUGAAUGAACUGAAGGAGACAGCCUAUCGCUUCAUGAGCGACAACUUCCUCAAAGUGCUGAAAGAUCCUGCAGUCUACGGGCGUUUGACCGGAUCAGAGAGGGAUCUUAUUCUGAAAAAUAGGAUGGAGGGUAAAAAGUGUCUGAUGGUGGCAGAAAUCAACGAUGUCUUUGACCGUGUUGGUAGCAGACCUCCAAGUAGGAACAGCAGCCGCCCCCAGAGUCCUCUCUCUGUUGCUUCCUUUGAAGAAAACCACAUGAUCUAUUAUUACAAUGAGAGCACAAAGGAUUGGGGAGCUUUGACAUUGAUGCCUGAGGAUAUCAACACAAAAGGAUGUGGGAUCUGCACCAUGUACAACUACCUGUUUGUAGCAGGUGGAAUUCGGGGAUAUGGGGAGAAAGGUAAGGUGUCAGAUAAGGUGUUCUGCUACAAUCCUCUGACAGACCGUUGGAGUGAAAUACGACCGAUGAACCAAGCACGGUCACAGCUGAAACUUGUCUCUAUGGAUGGUUACCUCUAUGCUAUUGGUGGGGAAUGCCUGUUCACAGUUGAGAAAUAUGACCCUCGUAUGGACCGGUGGACCACUGUGGCUCCUCUGCCCAAAGGUGCCUUUGCAGUGGCCCAUGAAGCAACCACCUGUAACGGAGAGAUCUAUGUGUCCGGAGGCUCUCUCUUCUACCGCCUUCUAAAGUAUGACCCUAAACGGGAUGAGUGGCAGGAGUGUCCAUACAAUAACAGUAGAAAGAAGUCCACGGACAUGGUUGCUUUGAAAAGCUUCAUCUACAGAUUUGAUGUUAACCGUGAGCAGGGCAUCAAUGUGUUUAAAUAUAACACCAUUGUGAAAAUGUGGCAUGAUUGUGCUUCCCACCAGCAAAGCAAUCCACUACCCUUUAGAUGUGCUGUCAUUGGCAACUGCAUUUACUGUGUCAAUAAGUCUCAGACUUUGCAGUUCAUUGUUGAAGAAGAGAGUGCACAAUUUUUGGAAGAGCCAUUGAAAGCACCCCUUGAGGCUAAAGGAAUAUUAUUCCCGUUCAUCCUGAGUUUGCCUGAUAGAAGCGAUAGAAAUGUGUGA